AACAUACAGUAAAUAUUUUUUAAAAUUCUUCUACAAUGACUCCCAGUGUGUUUUACAAGAAAAAAGUACAACUUUUAAAGCACCAAUUAUUAUUUUAUAUCCAAAGGUAGAAAGCCUAACCCAGGCAUCCCCAAACUUUGGCCUUCCAGAUGUUUUGGACUACAAUUCCCAUCUUCCCCGACCACUGGUCCUGUUAGCUAGGGAUCAUGGGAGUUGUAAGCCAAAACAUUUGGAGAGCCGCAGUUUGGGGAUGCCUGGCCUAACCAAAUUAUAUCCUUUAGUUAAAAUUCGCUUAUGUAAGAGCAGAUGCCUCUGUAGCUGAGAUCACACAGAGAUGAUGCUGGUUGACGAAGAUAAUGUUGAGCAAGGUAGAGCAGUGCUCCCAAGUUAAUGACAAACUUCAUAUUGUUGCUAUUAACUAUGAAGAAUUACUGAUAAUGUUUCAAAUGAAAAAGGGCUCCCCCUCCAACAACAGUCAUAUAUGAAAGUUGGUGUGCUUGGUUUACUAAUAAGCUCUCUGGCAGAAGCCGAUGUCGGAGAAGCUAAUGCAGAGUAUGUGUAGACAACACAGGACAAAUCCCUUCCAGAAUGUGUGAUGUGUUUAAGGAAGUUUUUAAUGUGUGACAUUUUAAUGUAUUUUUAAUCUUUGUUGGAAGCCGCCCAGAGUGCCUGGGGAAACCCAGCCAGAUGGGUGGGGUACAAAUAAAUUAUUAUUAUUAUGUGUUUGGGAAUGCAGGAUGUACACUCGAGGUAAUAAUUCUAUGUUAAAAUAGGCGGUCACAGGUAUAGAAGUGUGCCCUCAUCUUCAUCUGUGACAUCUUAGAAAAUGUUAAAUGCUACAUAGACUCCUGGUUUCUACGUAUAUGUCUGUCAUUGUACAUGACAAAUUGUUAAUAACAACUUAAUAUUAUGGCAAGAAGGAGAUAGGGGAAGCACAAGAUGGAGACCCCAUCAAACAGGGCCCUUUCAUAAUAAUGUUGUGAUUGCAGUUGUCUAAUUAAGCAUCUUAUCAAUUGUUCUAACAGGAAAACCCAGAUACAUGUGUUACACUGCCUGUGUGUGUGUGUAAUGCUUUGCUCAUGACCUGAUUUGUAUCUACAAGUGCCACUGAGAUCAGCUAAAUGAUGUCACAGCCACUGAAAUGUCUGAUGAAGAAAUCCAGGAGAAAUCACUAGCAGCUGCCACAGCCUUCUUAGACGGAAAGGAGCCUGUUGAGAAAGCAGCUAUCAUUCACCAGCACAUUGGCCGCAGGGAGAUGACUGAUAUGAUCAUUGAGACUAUAAAGCCUGAUGCAGAAGCGUUGAAAGCAGUGAUGGAGGAAGGCAAAGCGUCUGAGGCAUCCUCCCCCGAUGACCGAAGUAAACAUAAUGGCCAAAGUGGGGGUGUUGGGACAGCACCAGAUUCCCCCUCAAAGCAGCUUCCAGACCAGAUUUCCUUUUUCAGUGGAAACCCGUCGGUUGAAAUAGUUCAUGGCAUCAUGCACCUCUACAAGACAAACAAGAUGACCUCCUUGAAAGAAGACGUGCGACGCAGUGCCAUGCUGUGCAUUCUCACGGUGCCUGCCACAAUGACCAGCCAUGACCUCAUGAAGUUUGUGGCUUCCUUUUAUGAAGCCAUCGAGCACAUGAAGAUCAUACGAGACUCCACCCCAAACCAGUACAUGGUCCUGAUCAAAUUUAGUACACAGGCAGAUGCAGACAGCUUCUACAUGACUUGCAAUGGCCGGCAGUUCAAUUCCAUAGAAGAGGAUGUGUGCCAGCUGGUCUACGUGGAGAGGGCAGAGGUCUUCAAGUCAGAAGAUGGGGCCAGUCUUCCUGUCAUGGACCUGACUGAGCUUCCCAAGUGCACUGUCUGCCUAGAGAGAAUGGACGAGUCCGUCAAUGGGAUUCUCACAACGCUUUGCAACCACAGCUUCCACAGCCAGUGUCUGCAGCGGUGGGAGGACACCACGUGUCCUGUGUGCAGGUACUGCCAGACGCCGGAACCUGUGGAAGAGAACAAGUGCUUUGAGUGCGGAGUCCAAGAAAACCUGUGGAUAUGUCUGAUUUGCGGGCACAUUGGAUGCGGGCGCUACGUUAGCCGGCACGCCUACAAGCACUUUGAGGAGACGCAGCACACCUAUGCCAUGCAGCUGACCAAUCACAGAGUCUGGGACUACGCCGGAGACAAUUACGUCCACCGGCUAGUGGCCAGCAAAACAGACGGGAAGCUAGUUCAGUAUGAGUGCGAGGGGGACAUAUGCCAAGAAGAGAAGAUUGAUGCAUUACAACUAGAGUACUCUUACUUGCUGACAAGUCAGUUGGAGUCCCAGCGUAUAUACUGGGAGAACAAGAUAGUCCGAAUAGAAAAGGACACGGCCGAAGAGAUUAACAACAUGAAGACUAAAUUUAAAGAGACGAUUGAGAAAUGCGACUCGCUCGAGCACAGACUGAAUGACUUGGUCAAAGAGAAGCAAUCUGUCGAAAGGAAGUGCACCCAACUAAACACCAAAGUGUCCAAGCUGACCACGGAGCUGAAGGAGGAGCAGGAAAUGAACAAGUGUCUGCGAGCCAACCAGAUCUUGCUCCAGAACAAGCUGAAGGAGGAGGAGAAGCUGCUGAAGGAGACAUGUGAGCAGAAGGACCUGCAGAUCACGGAGGUUCAGGAGCAACUGCGGGACGUCAUGUUCUACUUGGAGACACAGCAGAAGAUCAAUCACCUCCCCGCUGAGGCUAGGCAGGAAAUCCAAGAUGGACAGAUCAAUAUUGCCAUGGCAUCGUCAGCCGGCUCAUCGGCGGGGGGUCCCGGGAAGCCUUCGUCCCGGAAGGGUAGAGGCAAGAGGGGCAAGUGAGAGAUGGGGUGGCCGCAGCUGACCUUACUGAAACUGGCCACAGAGGGGUGGCCGGGGGGGCUGAAGGAGAGUCGCCUGUCAGGUGAAGCAGGCGCAAGAGUCUAGCAAGGGAUGAGCGACCAGUUUGCAGAGCCUUUCCUACCCCAGUGCACUAGCCAACAGCAAUCGGCAGCCCUUAAGAUGCUCUUUCCCUCUGCUGGCUAUCUAGCUACUCAUAGGCAGUAUGUAGUGACUCCUUGGCUGUCUGGCUGUAUUUAGCCUCCCUUUCUCUGCUGCAUAACCUGAGAACACUGUGUUCAAGUUUUAGAUGUUUGCUUGAAAUCGUAUUUUAAAGUAAGUGCAAAAAACCAAAAUGACAAGAGCCUUAGAUUUCUUUUUUUCCCAGGGGGGGGGGCGCAGGAAGGGACGUUGUAGCCUUGCCCCUCCUUUUGAAAGCUAGGAGUACACCCGGACCCAGGCUCCCUUUCCUGAUUUUGAGGCACCUGGCUGAAAGCACAUGCAGGCAGUCUCUCCUCUUGGUGGGUGGGUGCUGCAAAGUGGCAGAGUUGCCAGCCGAGUGGGAAAGUUCUGCUCGGCUGGAAAGUUUUGUGCCAGGAGCCUUGCUGAACGUUGGCGUUGAAGAGCUCCGAGGCGUUGGGUGCAAGAACUGCAUCUCUGUGAGAUGCGUCCUUUUUGAGGCCUUUGUCCUAAGCCUGUCCCCCAUGUUGUAAAACCUCUGGGAGGCAUUGGCUAGUGAAUCAUAGAUGGAGGGCUGAGUUAAUGAAGAGCAUUGUCCAGACUUUGAAGGGCUGUCCAGAAAGCAAGGGAGAAAUCUGCUUAAGGGAUGGGAAAUGCACUGAAGGUUUGCCUUGUUGAAAUCUCAGGUGCCUAGGGGUUAGUAGAAAGGUUGAUGCUUGCAUCAAAGCAAGGACCUGCUGGCUAGGGAGCUUUCUAGGAAAUUGCAAAACUACCACGCUGGGUGUCCCCGAGUUCAUUCAAAAUGCCCCAGUUCCCUGUCUUCUUCCAAAUGCCCCUCCUCUUGACAACCAGUGUUUUCUGCCUUUGAUACCUGACUAUGCACUUGCAUGUGAACACAUGUGACCAAACCCUGAAACCUGCCUUGAGAGAAAGAGCAUGAUUUAGAGUGGAAAAGUUGUGUGCAUGUACUUAACCUGUCCCCUGCCGCUGCUUCUUCACUUCCUAACCUCCCCAUGUCCCAAGCGUGUGUUUCCGCUGUGGGGUUCCACACAUGUGGUUUUCCUUGCAACUUGAAAGCUCAUGUCCAAGAACCUUAGGGAGUUGGUUAUGUGUGUUUGUGUGUCAAUUCUAUUUUAGUUAGCCCUUAGCAGGAAAUAGCAGGAUUUCAGCUGUCUGUGCAGAAUGAGCUAAUCGGCAGGUAUUUAAUAAGCUAACCCUCCUCCCCACAAAAGAACCCUGCUCAGGGGGGUUCUAAGGACAAAAACCAAGUGGAGGUGGUCAGAAAGGGGCUGACUUCAGACGCCUGCAUUUUAAGCAAACCUCUUAUCUCUUCUGUUUGCUAAUGUGUGUGGCUGCCCUAAUGUCCUCUGGACUUUUAAGAGAGCUGUGAAUGGGCAGGUUCUGCCCUGCUGGUCCUGCCUGCAAUCUGAGCACUGCUUUGGAUCUUUUCCCCCACCCUUAAAAUGGCACAUUUCCUCAAGUGAAGACUUUUUGCCAUGCCAAAUGUUGCUCUUUUUUCCCUUUUCCAUGGCACCUUUACACUUAGCAGCAAGCGUUGCACACAUCUAAAGGGCUACGACAAGUUAAGGCCCUGGUGGUUUUUUUGUACAAGUAUACGCUUUGUGUAGAUGGAGGUAUAAUGAGUGCUGGCCCUCGCUGAACAAACUAGAGCCAGAGGGCGAGAUACUGGCAUUGGUAGUAUUCUACUGGCUGGAUUGAAAAUUGUAGUUGUUGUUAUUAUUUUUUAAUGAAACCUACAGGUUUCCACUAACAUGCUUGUAUUUUGCUUUGAAAAGGGGAAAAAAAUUGCAUCCACUCCACUAACUUGAUGCAGUUUGCCACCUGCUGCACUACCAGAUUUUUAUCACCUUUAGCUAACUUGUAGUUUUCUGAGCUCCUUGCUGCUGACUCUUUUUGAUCAGAUUUUGUAGCACAAAUGUAUCUGUUUAAAAAAAGAGUUCUGUGCACAUGCAUUUGUACAGUAGGAUUCUUGAUACAAUAAUUUUAAAAGCUAAAUGGUCAGUGUACCCAUCUUCUAUAGAAACUUAACUCUGCUUAUUUUUGAAAACAAUCCUAUUUUUGCACUCCGUUACUCUUGCUUCAUGAUCUCCUCUGUCCUCCUGCGUCCCCUGAAGUUAGGGUGAGGCUUGUGCAAUAUUGGUGUGCUAGGGAAGGGAAAUUCUUCAUCUGGGGAAGAAAAGUUCAGGUGGAAAGAGAGGACGCAGUUUAAAAACCAAGGUGAACCUAGGCACCAAGAGUAAUUGCUUGAAAUGUGUUAUUUAUCAGGGAAUCUUUUUGAAAGAUCAACGUGCGCUCAGACACUCCUUGGCAUCAUUACUUUCUUAAUUUCAGGGCUUGGAUCAAGAUCUGGAUUCUUCCCUGAGAAGCCUUGCAUUUCCUCUGAAAUGUUUUCUUCUUCUUAGUUUGUAGUCCUGACCUCUUAGAAAUUGAGGACAAUUGCUUGAUGUUUUAAUCAAAAAGAUGCCACCUGUGCUGUGUACGAACACAGUUAAAUCUGCCAAGCUCUUUGCCCCGCUGAGCUAAGAGCAGUCAGAUUUAUUCGGAGGAUAGACUGGAGUUUGGCUGACACUAGCGGCACCCAUAGAUUAAUAUGGGUGUCUGUUAUAAUAUUAUAUAUUGUAACAUCUGCAAUGGGACUUUAUUAAACUGGAUUAAAAUACGCACAGUAGCAUUUGUGUAUGUGCUUCACUUGGGUAGCAGAUUUACUAAUAUCUACGAUAAUUUGGAAGAAGGUACAUUGAAGUAGCAAGCUUGUGUGCGAAGAGUUCUGCUGUUUCCACACCAGGGAUGCCGAUUGUCAUGAGGACAGGCACAGCUGCCUUUUGCUGAGUCAGACCAUCUCAUUCGCUUCUGGCUAAAACAAGGGCCAAAGAUCCUCCAGCCUGUAGGCGUGCACCCUGGGGGAAAGGGGUACAGGUAUCUUUUUUAAUAUACAGUCAAGGCUGUUCCAGAGCAAGCGUUCCGGAAUCCCUCCUGUCGAAAGGUUGUGCAUUCUAAUGUCUCUCCAGCGGACAAAAGCCUUCCUACAUGGCUUCAUCGAUCCUCUGUUCAUAGGUGGUUUUUGAGAGUUGACCAAAGUGUCAGUUACACAGUACCUGUAGACCAGGGUCAGAAACUCAUAUAAGCCCAUUGUCAAAGGCACCUUAAACCUAGGUUACAGUUAACGCAACAAAACGUCUAGGCACCAUUUCCCCCCAUGUGAUUUAUUGUUCUUAAUAUUAACUUCAUUUCUAUACUGCUUUAUGUUUUAAAGAGAAAAAUCUCAAAGCAGUUUACAACACAUUAAAACGUCAAACAAAACAAUCCAGAAUAAAGCAAAUUCAAGCUUCAAGGAAAGUCUUUCAGAUCAUUCUCGUGACAUUUUGCUUUCCCCGUAAUUAUGUACCUACUUAAUUUGCCCCAUAGAAGAAAUACUCCAGGAAGCUAGUGUGGUGAUGUGGUUAGAGUGUUAGACUAGGACCUGGGAGAUCAGGGUUGAAAUCCCCAUUCAAUCAUGAAGCUCACUGGGUGACCUUGGGCCAGUCAACCUCACAGGGUCACUGUAGGGAUUAACUGAGGAGGGGGGAAACCAUGUACUCCUUGGAGAAAAAAGUGGGUAUAUAAAUGCAGUGAAGAAGCUCUUCUGCUUACCUGCUUA